AUGCCUAUAAAUUAUUUCUUCCUUCAGACUGAAGCUCUGCCCCCAAAACCAGCCCUGCCUUCAAAUUUAGCUGUAUCUGUACUUACAGCCUUGCCUCCAUCAACAGACGUAGCUCCACCCAUGACUGUAGCCGUAAAUACAGCUCCGCCUCCACCAACAGACCUGACUCCGCCCACAUUCCCCUCUUCUCUUACAAUUCCUCCUUCACUAACAGCCUCAGAUUUGGCUCCACCCACAGCCCAGCCUUUAACCCUGCCUCAGCUCAUAGCCCUGCCUCCAGACACAGAUUUGUCUCCUUCCACAACCCCACCUCUACUCACUGCUCCACCUCCACAAAGAGCCCCGCCCCAAGCCUCAACACAUCCACAGGCUCUAACAAUACCCUCUACUCUGUCAAUAAACCCCACCUCCCAGAAUUCCUCUGCCAUAACGCCACUGCCCCUCCCACUUCCUCCAGGAAGCCACGCCCUCAUUCUCAACCCCACUCCUAUUCUCACUCCUCCAUCGUCCUCCACGUCUCAGUCUGCUUUAGAAACACAACCUACACUUCAGCAACACUUGUCUGGUGAAUGCCUCCGCCCUCAGCAACUGACCUUUGACCUGAGCCCUAACUUUGACCUUCACCUUGACCUCGACCCCCCAGUGGGUGGCACUGAUCUGUGUAAAGGAGCUGCUGAUGAAGAGUCAGCUGUGUGUGUGUUCAGACUGUGGCCUGCGUGUCCGUCUCGCCUGGCGUUAAUUUCAGCUCUGAUUCCAUUCUUCAUCAUCGUCAUCACCAUCAUCGUCACAGUGAGGUUUGUGUCUUUUCCACCAAAAAUGAGAGACAACAGCGCCUCCUGUGACAUGAAGUGGAACUGCAGCGUGACGUCAGUGCCUUCAUAUACACCUAAACUUCCUGUCAAUCAAACACUAAACACUUCCUCAGACUGCACUGGUCCAGCAGGGGUCUUGGAACGGAUUGUGGGCGGGACCGUGGCUCGGCAGGAUCAGUGGGCGUGGCAGGCCAGUCUGCAGUGGAGGGGCCAGCACGUGUGUGGGGGGGCGAUAAUCACCCCAAACUGGGUCAUAACCGCUGCUCACUGCUUCAUCGAGUAUGACCUGAUGCUGGAAGCUGAUUGGCAGGUGGUGGUCGAUACACUCGUCGUGUCUGAUGUGUCACACGGUCGGCGCUACAACACACUGCGCAUACACACACACCCCAAAUACUCAAAACAAACCAACGACUACGACCUCGGCCUGCUGCUCACACACACUGCCAUGAGGAUGGGGGACAGUGUGCGCCCUGUGUGUUUGCCGAUUAUUCCUCAGUCAUUCCCCGUCGGCUCGUCCUGCUGGGUGACCGGGUGGGGCUUCACACACGAAGGAGGCUCGGUGUCGGCUCAGCUCAGACAGGCGCAGGUGCACAUUAUCGAUCAGACAGUGUGCUCUGGUUCCUCAGUCUACGGUUCCUACAUCACUCCCAGAAUGCUUUGCGCCGGGGACAUGGAGGGCGGAGUCGACGCCUGCCAGGGGGACAGCGGGGGACCCCUGGUAUGUGAGACGGCUGAUGGGGAUUGGCGGCUGGCGGGCGUGGUCAGUUGGGGUGACGGAUGUGGACGACCGAAUAAACCUGGAGUUUAUGCACGAGUGACAUCACUACUGCAGUGGAUUAAACAACACACACAGGAUGGAGCUGCGAGCGGAUCAGCGCUCGCUCACACUGAGGCCACAGCGGCGCCGUAUUCCUCUCUAUAACAGUGGAAAUGUUGUAUUAGUGUGUUAUAAAGGUGUAAUCAGCUUUAAAGUGUGUGUGAAGUGGAACAGCAGGAAUGUCGUGUCCUGAACACUGGCACAGCCAAAAUUAUAUUUUGAUAUUGUUUAUAUUUUCUUUUAUUUAGAAUAAUGAACUGUUUGCCACUAGGCCUGAGUGAUAAUUUAAUAUUAAUAUUCUGAUUAAUGACAGAACUUUUCUGAGAUUCUGCAGGUGUUUAUUAAUAACUUCAUUAUUAUAUUAUUCCUGCAGCUUUACAUUACAGUAUACUUUCAUACCACUUUUCCCUUCCAUUUCUCUAAUAAAGAUAUUUAUUUGAAAUCUAAAAUGAUUUUGUUUUAAAUCCUGAGAUACAUAUUGAGGAUUAUAAAGCUGUAUGAUGAUGUAUCACUAAAUCACACACAACUGUUCUGUAAAACACUGUGUCACGCUGACGGCGGCUGGAUUACACUGCGCAUGCGCACAAAAUAACGCCUCGAAACGGCGCAUUGUUUCGUUUCCGGGUUUGGAGGAAACUGAACUGGUUUGUUUGUGUGUUUAAAAUUAAUAGCCAGAAAAGACAGCGAGAGAUUU